AUGCACGCACACUUCAUAACAGGAGAGGCAUCUAUGGAUGCUGAAAGCCCAGACUUCGUCCCAUCUGUUUUUACAUAUAAACAGCAGGCUAGCGUGCCAGGGCAAAAAAUCGAGAGGCUUGCAAGAAAAAGAAGAAGAGAAGCCCUGAAAAUGGAACAUAAUGGCCAUAGCUACACAAAUGAGGAGUCUGCUGACAUGGACCAUGUGCCACUACUACAUGACCGCUUCCUCACAUCGUUCUGUGAUGUCCUGUGGCACCUGCUGCCCAAGGGAGGAGUCAUACAAGGCGGUCAGUGGUUCUGGCAGCUCAGGGCGAUGCUCCUCUAG